ACAUCGGGUUCAACCUCCCAACUUUCGGUUCUACUCGUUCAUUCGGGUUACCGUAUUAACACAGUUAACACCAGGAACAAAAUGGCGGACGCUGCUCCAGCCCGUGGUGGAUUUAGAGGAGGAUUUGGAUCGCGUGGUGGCGCCCGCGGUGCCAAGGGCCGUGGACGCGGCCGUGGUCGUGGCCGUGGACGCGGAGGCAAGGAAGACUCGAAGGAGUGGGUGCCGGUGACUAAGCUCGGCCGCCUGGUGAAGGAUAACAAGAUCCGCUCGCUCGAGGAGAUCUACCUGUACUCGCUCCCGAUCAAAGAGUUCGAGAUCAUCGAUUUCUUCCUGAACCGUCUGCUGAAGGACGAGGUGCUGAAGAUCAUGCCCGUUCAGAAGCAGACGCGUGCCGGUCAGCGUACCCGCUUCAAGGCGUUCGUUGCCAUCGGCGACAGCAACGGUCACAUCGGGCUCGGCGUCAAGUGCAGCAAGGAAGUGGCCACCGCCAUCCGUGGUGCCAUCAUCCUGGCCAAGCUGUCGAUCGUUCCGGUUCGUCGUGGUUACUGGGGUAACAAGAUCGGUAAACCGCAUACCGUGCCGUGCAAGGUUAGCGGCAAGUGCGGUUCCGUUCUGGUGCGCCUGAUUCCGGCCCCUCGUGGUACCGGCAUCGUGUCGGCCCCGGUUCCGAAGAAGCUGCUGCAGAUGGCCGGUAUCGAUGAUUGCUACACGACCACUCGUGGUUCCACGACCACGCUCGGCAACUUCGCCAAGGCCACGUACGCCGCCAUCGCCAAGACGUACGUCUUCCUCACGCCGGACUUGUGGAAGGAUCUGCCGCUGAACAAGACUCCGUACCAGGAGUUUGCGGACUUCCUCGACAAGACCAGCAAGACUGGCCAGCGCAUCAUUGAGGUGUAAACGCUCAAUAACCCUCCCCAGGGUGUGUGCGUGCGUAGCCGGAAAUGAUGUGGCGUCGUGUGUCGACGAACGGACGAAUAAAACGGAAAUGAUUCGUUUCCAAUAACAUUGAAACGAAGAUGGUA